AGGAGAGGGUGGGAGGGGAAGGCGGAUCUCCGAGGCUCUGGCUACAUUCCUGCUCCUGCAGGCAGCAGCCCCGCUGCCGGCGGCUCUGCGGGGGUCAUUUAAGAGCAUCCUCCGAGGCGUUGGGUCCACCUCCAGCUCACCGGGCUCCCGGCUUUUAGCCCUUCGCAGAGCAGCUGCAAGACGAGGAAAGUAGGUGGCAGAGGCCCCUCGUCUCUCUCCCCCCUCGGCAGGGCAACAUCAGACCCUGGGCAGCUCUUCCCCUGGACUCUCCAUCAGCUCCUGGCUUGACCACCACGCCCCGGCUCAUUUGGGGGCGCGGGGGUUAUAGGACCCAGAAAUCCCCAGCGUCAAGGCUCCUGGAGUGAAGGAAGAGGCUGAAUCCCAAGUGGGCUUUGCCGGUGGGGGCCGAUGGCACCGGGACUGUUAUUGAGUCUCGGGGGGUGAGAUCCCUGCCUCUCCGCCCCCGCCAGCCCAGCCAAAGCCCCUCGCCUGUUUCCAGGGGGAGCCACUUGAGUCUCCAGCUGCUGCUGCUGAAACUGACCUGCCCUCCAGCUUCUGCCUUCUCAGCAGGAGACUGACAGUCUUGAAAAAGUCAGACAAAAGGCGCUCUGGCACCAUUAGUGCAGCUUUCAGGCAACUCAACAUUCUGCCCUUUGAAGGAUUUUUCUUCCGUUUUUGUUGGUAAAGAUGAGGAAAAAAUGGAGAUUGGAGGACUUUCGAUUUAUCUUUUCCUGUGUGCUCUGGCUCCUUUUCAUAGAUGGAGGUAAAUCGGAACAAAUAAAACAUUCAGAGACAUACUGUGUGUUUCAAGAUAAGAAGUACCGUGUAGGAGAAAGAUGGCAUCCCUACCUAGAACCCUAUGGACUGGUUUAUUGUGUUAACUGUCUUUGCUCAGAGAAUGGGAACGUAUUAUGCAGCAGAAUAAGAUGUCCAAGCCUACGCUGCCCUACCCCAGUGCAUGUGCCACAGCUGUGCUGCCCACGAUGCCCAGAGGAUUCACUUUUCUCCAUAAGCAGUAAAAUCACUGGGAAAUCCUGUGAAUACAAUGGCACCACCUACCACCACGGGGAACUGUUUGUGGCAGAAGGGCUUUUUCAGAAUAGACAGCCCAACCAGUGCAUUCAGUGCAGCUGCUCAGAAGGGAACGUGUAUUGUGGCCUGAAGACUUGCCCUAAAUUAGCAUGCUCUUUCCCAGUUUCUGUUCCGGAGUCCUGCUGCCCAGUUUGCAGAGGAGAUGGAGAAUUAUCAUGGGAACAUUCUGAUGGGGAUAUCUUGCGGCAACCUGCCAACAGAGAAGUUAGGCAUUCCUUCCAUCGCUCCCAUUACGACAUGUCCCCCAGCUCCACUAGACAGGUAGUCAACAUUCCACGAUUUUCCAGUGGCAGGAGUAACCGUGGAGUCCUACCUGACCCCCAGCAAGCUUCAGGAACUAUAGUACAGAUUGUCAUUAACAACAAGCAUAAGCACGGACGAGUCUGUGUUUCAAAUGGAAAAACAUACUCACAUGGUGAAUCGUGGCAUCCUAAUCUCCGGGCCUUCGGAAUUGUAGAGUGUGUGUUGUGUACCUGCAACAUCACCAAACAAGAAUGUAAGAAAAUUCAUUGUCCGGAUCAAUAUCCCUGCAAAUACCCUCAGAAAAUAGAAGGAAAAUGCUGUAAAGUCUGUCCAGAAGAGAUGCCAAGUCAGAGCUUUGACAGCAAAGAUUACUUUUGUGGUGAAGAGAUGCUUCCUGUCUAUGAAUCUGUUUUCAUGGAGGAAGGAGAAACCAUUAGAAAAAUCGCAGUGGAAACAGAAAAGCCACCUCAAAUAGAAAUACAUGUGUGGACAAUUAGGAAAGGGAUUCUACGUCACUUCCACACUGAGACGAUAUCCAAAAGUGAAUUUGAAGAACUUCCCUACUUCAAGCAGAUAACAAGGACAACACUGAGCCAGUGGAAAAUAUUUAGCGAGGGAGAAGCUCAGAUCAGCCAAAUGUGUGAAAGCAGAGUGUGCAGGACUGAGCUGGAGGAUUUGGUAAAGGUUUUGUACCUUGAAAAGUCUGAAAAGGGUCACUGUUAAGGGAGACAGCGCUGGACGGAGAAAACAAGAAAACUUAUGAAAACGUGGAUCUGCAGCUGGACUGCAGGCUUGUUUUGCUUAAGUCAACAGUUGCCCUAAAAACCAAAACUAUAAUGCAGUAAUUAUUCACAUCAUGCACAGCAAACUUGCUGCUUUAUGUGUAGUGGUCUGUGUCAACCAUUUAAAUAUCUCCUCAAAAAGACUAGGACGUUCUGUAUUGGUGGGGGGAGGGGGAAAGGGAGACUGUAGUUCCUUGUAAAGUUAAAAAAGAAAACAAUUUUUUUUAACCUUGGCAUGUUAUGCAAACUAACGAAAUGAAGGACCCCUAAUAACUGUGCAGGAGCUAUGGAGAGCAUUAUUUCCUGUGCUGAGUUUAUACCACUUCUGGUGUUGAAAUGACUCAUGUUUUUCUAGGCGGGGUAAAUACAAGUGAUACAGUACUUGAGUUUGAGCCAUAAAAAUCCAGAUUUAAAUGAAAACUCCCAACGAGUCUACUGCUUUUGGGACGAUGUCUUGCAGUUGAACAAACUCUGAGUACAUAAACAAACCAGAAGGUGUUAGUGGGAAUUACUGCAUUUAUGUAGCAGUUUGAGAAAACGUUCACCUUUUAAGUGGUUUUCACUUGGUUUCCAUUAUCCACUUCUCUACAUGAAAUAUCAGCUCCCUCAUGCUGCCCCAAUACUGCAUUCUCAUGGGCCCUGUUAACACAUAACCUUGGUCAAUAAACUCCCUUUACAAAGUAACAUAGCAGGAGAAUGCUAAAUACUUGAAUCAUUUGUGAAAAUUCCUAUAGGGUUAAACCCACAGUGAUUACUAACUCAUUAAAUGUCUUGUGAUAUCACUUAAUUUAUUAAUGGUAAUUGUCGCAAUAAGAAUGUUCUGCGUGGUUCUAAUUGGUGGCCUCUCAAGUCCCAGCAAACUAAUAAGCAUAACUUCAAGGAAAACUCUCUCCAAUGGCAAACUAAUGAGCACUUAUAUCAAGCCACUAAGUUAGUCCAGCACCAGCAAGACCAUUAUCUUCCUGCAAAAAGAAAUCUAAGGCACUCAGUUUGAUUUGCAGUUCACAGGUGAAUAGUCUGUCCAGUGUCUGCCAUCAGAAAAGAGUUCUGUUCUGAUAUACAAGGCCAUUACUUUGAAAACUUGGCUUUCUCUGAGGAAAUCCUGCCACACCAGCUCAUGGACACCAUCUUAGAUUCACUCCUGAGGUGCAAGUGACUGUGGCUGCUUUCCCUCCAUUUUCUGUGUCAGAAGCAUAUGGGAACAUUUCCCAUUGUGUUUGAACAACAAUGACAUUCUAAAAACGUGGCCUCAGGCCGGGCACUUGGUCCUCAAAGGCAGUGAAAUAAAUGGCUGUAGCCAGAAUUUGGAGGCCUCCAGGGGACUUUGCAAAACUUGUGCUCUCUGAUCUACCCUCCUUUUCCAGUGAUGGCACUCUAGGUCUUCAUCAGGGGUAUGUGCAUCUUAACAAAGAGGUUAAGGGGUCUAGCUGUUCAGUGCUCAAUGCCAGUGACCCAACUCAGGCUCCAGCAGAAGAAAUAUUGAACCUGUUAGUAGGGCCUUGUUCACAAUAGCGAUCUCUUUGCACCUCUCCCUGCUAGCAGCUGCAGUUGUAAGAGGCAACCCCCUUUCACUGCUUUUUCAGUGGCGCAGGAUCCAUCCCUGCCAGGGUUUCUUGCAAUAGCCAGCAGGAGUAUAUGGAAAGGGUUAUCGACUAAGAGCAAGGAGAGAAUGAGAGUGGAUGGAUGGGAAUGUGAUAGGGAGGAAGAGGGAGACUAAGUGAGGAUAUAAAGAUGAGAAGAAAACCCAGGAUUUCCUAUACAGAAAUUCUUCAUGGUUCUGCAUGCAAAGAGCAAGCUAUCCUUCCUGCCAGGAUAGAGAACAGAUUAUUUUUUAGUGCACUUCCUGCCCAAAGUAGCCUAAAACACAUAACAGGAUAGUGGUGCCAGAAGGGAGCUCCUUCAGCAGCCAGUUUGAUUGGGAACAAAAUAAUCCUUGUGAUGUCAGCAAAAUCAUUUAGAAACCAGACAAGGCACCGACACCAAAAUAUAAAUGCACAGUCCUAUAAAUGAUCCUUGGGCAGUUCUCAGGAGAGUAAGUUAACUCCAGUGUCCGUGCCAAAUUUGGCAAUGAGACUUCAUCUCUCUAAAUUCUCUUGUGUUUAAAAUGGGUGUCGUGUUCACCUCCUGUCCAAAAUUGUGGUGUAGUGCGCCCGUGCACUGUUAAACAGCUGUGUGUUCCCCACCAGAAGGAGGUGCCAUGCAGUGUAGUUGUGGGAGCAGCCGUUUGUAACACUUUGGGAUCCUUUGGGUUGGAAGACACUGCAGAAAUGUAAAAAUUAUAAAUCUACUAAUAAUACAUAUAUUAACAUGAACAGACCUCUGAUGAAGACAUAGUGGAAGGCAAACUGAGGCAUCAUAGUAUUCUGGUAGGCAGACUAACACCUGGCUAUGUUUGGCUCACCUCUUGGUACAGUAUGUUUGUAGCAGUAGCUGAUUGAACGAAGAUUAUGUGGAAACUGUACAGUGUUUGUUUGGUUUUUUUUUGGAAGACAAACAGUCUUGUGUUUGUGACAGAACAAGUGAAGUUCAAAUUGUGUAUUUAUUUGUAUAAUAAACACUUUUAUGAAAAACAAAAAUAUAAGCACCAUUUAAUAAAUGAAGUUCUGCAUUUUUACAGUCUCUGGUCACUUAAGACAAUAAAAUACACAAUAUCAUGUUUUUCACUGUCUUCACAGGACAUAUACCUGAUGUGGUACUGAUUUAUGUACUUGCUCUAUCACUUUGACCUGGUUUUAUAAAUUAAUAAACUCUGCAGUUGUUCAAAACAAGAAGUUCUCUCAGUG